UAUUGAUAAAGCUUCCGGAGUCAUGAAACAAAAAUAGUUACAUUUAGUUGUAACCACAUCGAUCAACAUUCAUUAUUAUAUUCCAAAAAAACAUUUCAAAUUAGUGAUGUGUAUAGAAAUGUUUUACUAUAUAAUGAUACUGCAAUAGGAAGUGAAAAGAAAUUUAUUAAUAAGGAAAUAUGACUCUAGAAAAGAGUCCUUCCUUUUGUGAAAAGGACGAUAAAUCAACAAAUGUCGAAGAAACAAAUCUGCACAAAAGAAGAGCAUCAGUAUGGUCUUGCGAUUUUGAAUCAGCCAUUGCGGCUGCUGGUUUUGGAAAAUUCAACGCCUAUUUGGUGAUUGUGGCAGCCAUUACAGGAUUAAUAGCAGCAUUCGAAGGAAGAGCAAUGGCAUAUAUUGUUCCUGCUGCUCAAUGUGAUUUGCAUAUUAAUAUUAAUCAAAAAGCAAUGCUGUCAUGUAUUCCUUUCGUAGGAAUGGUAACGACUACGUUUUUGUGGGGGUUGAUGGGCGAUUUAAUGGGACGAAAAAAAAUUAUUAUAAUAAUUUGUUCUUUGGACUUUAUUUGCUGGAUUAUGUCAGCUUUUGCACAAUCAUUUGUGAAACUUUUGGUGUCAAGAUUACUUGGUGGAAUGGUGUCUAGCGGAAUUUAUGCAAGUCUGGCUUCUUACAUUACUGAAACACACGGUGUAAAACAUAGAGCUGUUAUGCAACUGUUUUUAGGAAAUAUUUUUGGAAUAGGAGACUUAUUAUUACCGAUAAUGGCUUUAGGCAUUUUGACAAAUAACGAAAUUUACAAAAUAUCGUCAAUAGUGAUACAUCCAUGGAAUAGCUACGUGUUAAUUUGUUCUUUACUUCCAUUUCUUAGUGCUCUUGGAUUCUUUUUGCUACCCGAAAGUCCAAAGUUUUUAAUGAGCAAGAGUCAGAACGAUCAAGCUAUUAAUGUUUUUCAGUCUAUUUAUUCAUUAAAUACAAACAAAAAUAACAAACUGGACUAUCCUGUAAAAUCUUUAAAACGGAUAUCGAAAAAUGCUGAUAACUUAAACACCUCACCGCAAAAUGAAGCCACUAAUGGUUGUUUAUGCAAAAUUGCAUUGUUCUGCGAACACGAAAAUUUAAAAAAUAUCUGUCUAGCAGUGUUUUCCCAGUUUUUUAUAAUAAUGGGAUUAAACUCUGUUUUACUUUGGGUGCCGCAAAUAUUUCAAGAAAUGAGUAAUCGUCAAAAGAAUCAUAACCGCACUGCAACAUUUUGUGAAACAAUGUACGAUUUAUGCCACAAAACUAAUGAUAUUACAGACAAUUGUGAAGAGGAUAUGAGCGGAAAUAUUAAUACUUACGUAUAUUGUAUGGUAGUAGCUUUAGCCACAAUUAUACUAUUUAUAAUUUCUGGAUUCGUCGUUAAUACUAUUGGUAAACAUAAAUUGUUAUAUAUUCUAGGAAUAUGUUCUGCAAUAUCUACAGUUUUAUUAAUAUUAGCUGAUGGUAUUUUUCAGACAUUAUUACUUACUGCAAUUAUUUGUGCUUUCGGUAAUAUUGGAUUUAAUGCUUUAGUAGCCAUUGUUGCAGAUAUUUUUCCUACAAAUUUAAGAGCUAUGGCUGUAUCUUUAACAAUGAUGCUGGGUCGAUUGGGGGGUGCAAUUGGUCCUUUCAUAUUUCCUGUUUUUUUAACAUAUGGAUGUUUGCCAGCAUUACUUUUUAUUGCAGCCUUAAAUUUAGUUUGGAUAGUUCUUGUUUACCAACUACCUCAUAUAGAAAAUUCUGAGACAUCCAAGAACAGUGAAGAAUGAAGGAAUGAUGUUUCCAUAAAAUAAAAGUAAUUAAUUGUGAUAAAUGGUAGAAGACCAUCGACAGAAGCUUUCCAGUCUGACGAUGUUUUAACACUAUUGGAAAUAUUUGUAGUUCAGAAUUAAAAAGAAUAUGCAAUGAUCAUACUUCUGCGAAUCUGACAAACUCAUGAGAUCUCUGUAAGCAAUAAACUGAUUUAGG